GGGUUAGGUGGCCUCGCUUAGCGCGGUUUGAUGUAGAGCUUGUAUUGACGAGGGGUGGUACAGGUAACAAUGUCAAACAACAGAGAGCAUACCAUUCCGAGGGACAUCUUGGAUGACCUCUGUAGUCGUUUCAUCAUCAAUGUGCCUGAAGAGGAGCGCACACAGACCAACCGCCUAAUGUUCCAAGUAGAGCUGGCACACUGGUUCUACAUUGAUUUCUACUGCACUGACGAGUCAACGUCACUGCAGCCGUGCGGCAUCAAGCAGUUUGCACUGCAUGUCUUCCACCACCUGCCCUUCCUGCGGCCCCACCUGGCUGAUUUCGAGAGCGUGCUGUCCCGCUGGCGUGACUACAAGCUGGCGGUGCCCACGUGCGGCGCCAUCCUGCUGGACGACACGUGCUCGCAUGUGCUGCUCGUGCAGGGCUUCUACUCGCGUGCGUCCUGGGGCUUCCCCAAGGGCAAGUGCAAUGAGUCCGAGCUGACCGAGCUGCACCGCUGCGCCGUGCGCGAGGUGCAGGAGGAGAUCGGCUUCGACAUCGGUGAGCUGCUCAACCGGGACGACUACCUCGAGCAGGUGGUGAACGAACAGCGCGUGCGGCUGUACCUGAUCCCGGGCGUGGCGCGCUCCACCCGCUUCCAGCCGCGCACGCGCAACGAGAUCAAGUCCAUCGAGUGGUUCCCCGUUAUGGACUUGCCGACCAACCAGAAGGACAUGCCGUCCAAGAUGAAGCUGGGCGUCAGCCCGAACAGCUUCUUCAUGGUGAUCCCGUUUGUGCGGCCGCUGAAGCGGUGGAUUCACCAGCGCACGGUCGGCUCAGGUCGCCGGAGGGGCGGGCGGGAGAAGACCAGCAGUGAGAGCGCGCACGAGCCGCGCAAGCAGCAGCAGGCGUACUCGCAGGCGCUGCAGGACGAGCUGGCCGACAUGACG